AUGUCCAUUACUAAUUCUGGUGUAUAUGAAUAUCCAUUAAAAUGUCGGGUCAGGGCUGCCAACCGUACCCAUUUUGGGGGGUACAUAUUUUGUACCCCAUUUCGAUUUUUAAGUCUGGAAUGUGAUAAAACACCAUAUCAAGGUAAAGAAAGUGUGUUUUCCCACUAGUCUUUUCACUUCUAUCUAUCUAAAAGAGUACCAGUUAACAAAUGAGCGAUAGAUUUCUACAUCUGCUUUGUUCAGUGUCGGAUUGAAAUACUUGGUUGUUCAUACUAUUAUCGUUAUAAACACCGAAAUGAGACUUAAACAUUUCUCCUUAUCUGAUUUCUCCGUGUUUCAUUAAUUUUUCUUUUUUAUUUGGCAAAUACAUAUUCUAUUAGAUAUAUCUCUAAUUGCAGAUUUUCUCUUUAAUGAAUUUGAUUGUAAUCUUCGUUGUCUAUUUAUUAGAGUUAUUUGUGAAGGGUGUCCA